GAAAUUGUGUGUUUUUGAUAUUAUAAUGACAUAGAAAUUAUUACUAAUAGAAAUAAAAAAUCAGCUCCACUGAGGGGGCCCUUAGUGGCCCUGGGGCCCCAAGUGGCAGCUUAUGCCUUGGGCCGGCCCUGAUUACAGAUCAGUGGGUGCAGCUGGGAAGGCAGCAGGUCGAGGCAAAUGAGGAAAUGAUCAACAGCUGGAAGAGGAAGCAGACUGGAUGGUUAAACCAACAGGAACCAAGAGGAAAGAAAACCUGAACCAUAAACAGAAAUAAACACUAAAAACACUGAUAAAUUAUUAAUAAACACUAAAAACACUAAUAGAAAUAAAUCUCUGCUCAGUGUUUGGAAGCUAAGUGAUUUACUGAAUCCUCAUGGAAGGAGGAGUUAAUAUAGUUUAAUGGAUUAAACUUUGACAAAGUCAGAGUUUGAUUGGUGGUCGGUGUUUUCCACUUGGCUAGGUCCAGAAGAGAUCCAACCCAACCUGUCAGAAGGUCAUGUGGAAGGACGACCUGGACUCUGCUGAUUGGUCUGCUUUCUGUUUCUUCUUCUUCCUGUUUGGUUUGUCUGGGUUUAUAUUGUAUGUUCAAAUCAAUCAACAUGCAUUUAAAAAAAUAAACCAUAAUAAAUACAAAUAAAAUCUGAUCUAGUGAAACUAAUCCCAACACUGAGAUUAUAUGAAGUCAUGAAUAAUCUGGGCUGAUGUGAGAAAACCAAACAGAGGGAAAACAUCUCCAGAUUAUCACUGAUUCAUCAAUGAAUGAAUGAAUUUUAACUCCAGUCCAUCCCAGAAUAAUCCCUGAUUCAGGUUUAAUAUGAUAACCCAGAAUAAUAAUCUGUAAUAAUCUAUGAGGUACAGACAUACAGGAGGUUCUAGAUCUGGUUAAUCUGAUGUAACCUACAUAGUUCUAGACAAUCUAAUGGUAUAAUCUGUAAUAAUCUGUCUGACAGCAGCUGAUCUAAUCCUGACUGUGGGUUGAAGUGAAACCUGCUCUGAGCUCAGAGACAACAGGAAGUGGAAACUCUCCACCCUGAGGUGUGUGAACCUCCUGACAGGAAGUGAUGUCGCUCUCUGGCAGUCUUCCUCCAGACGACAUGAAGUCUUCCUCCAGCCGCCUGCUGCUCGGUGUCUCUGUGCUGCUGCUGUGUGGAGCGUCAGCGUCUCCAGUGUCUCUGUCCGUCAGUCCAAACCUGCAGCAGUUCUUCACCGGGGACUCCUCGGUGUCCCUGAGCUGUCUUCAUGAGGGACGGACGGCUGAGGGAUGGACGGUGAGGGGGACAGGACCGGCUGGGGACUGUGGGCCACCUGGUUCUGGUUCCGGUCCGUCCUGUGUCCUCAGCCUCUCUGGACCUGCAGCUGGACAGUUCUGGUGUGAAGCGUCUUCUGGACAGAAGAGUGAGAACGUCAGCAUCACGGUGCUGGGUAAAGGCCUCGUCCUGGAGAUCCCGGCCCUUCCUGUCAGAGCAGGAUGUGGUGUCACGCUGCGCUGCAGACGCAGUAACGGUGACAUCACUGCGGCGUUCUUCUUUGUGGGUCAGCGGCGGCUGGGAUCCGGACCGGAGCUGGUUCUGCAGCCGGUCCGCCGGGCCGAUGAAGGCUCUUAUUGGUGUUCCACAGACCGGUUUGGGAGGUCUCCUCUCAGCUUGCUGCGGGUCACAGGUCCUCCUCUUCCUCACUCCACCACUCCUCCUCCUCCUCCUCUGGUGUCGGGUCCAGCCCGUCCUACAGGUUCUCCUCCUCCUCUUCCUCAGGCCUGCGUCUCGGUUCCUCGCCUGCUCUGCCACCUGCUGGUCAUCUGUCCGUACUGCGCCUGCAGCGUCCUGCUGCUGCUCAGGUGCUGCAGCAGGAAGUCAGGUGGAGCUCCGCCCCCUCACCUGGCCUUCCUGGCUCCGCCCACAGGAUCCCAACCCGCAGUCGCCAUGGAGACCACGCAGCCUGCAGAGCUGGACCGCGUCACCACGGAGCACGACUUCUGAAACUGGACCCUCCAGAACCACCGACCAGGUUCUGGUACCAAACACCUGGACCUGGUACCAAAGAUCUGGACCUGGUACCAAAGAUCUGGACCUGGUACCAGCUGUUGAAAAUAAUUCUGCCAGUUUAAUGAUGUUUAGCUUUAUUUCAUGGUGAAACAUUAAAUGGAUCCUGAUUGUUUUGGGCCUCAGUUUAAUUAGAUUCAGACUCAGAGUUUAAUCAAUACAUAACUUAAUCAAUAGAACAUUUUCUUAGACAUAAUGAUGACGAUUUGAUUAAAAUUAGUCUUAAUAAUCAAUAAAUCAUAUAUUCAUCUGAAAAUGUUUAGUUCAUUAUGACCAGGAAACUAAACAGAUCAUAUUGACUGUAACAUGUAUUGAAACUGUUCAUGUCUGUUUUAUCAGUUUGAAGAUAUUAUAUGAAAUGUGUUAAUUUUUAUAAUCAAAUCUGCUGAUUGAUCCUGGUCAGAGGUCAGAGGUCAGCAAAGCUCUGUGGGUUCAGGAACCAGUUUGAAAUGAGAAGCUGAUAAACUGAAAUGAACAUCUAUUGAUCUCCUUCAUGUCUUUAAAUGAUCCUCAUGUUGCUCCAAAACCCUCAAAGCUUUGGCUGAACGUCUGUCAUUUGGGACGCCUGACGUAGAAACGAUGACCUAGAGACAGCGAGUGGAUCCAGCAGGUUGGCAGGGUUUCAGAAGGGGUUGCCAUGGUUACACGUUUCCAAACGGGCCUCAUGCAGUGAUGGACAACCAUGACCAUCAGUGGACCUGAAGACCUGGACCUGUCCGAGUCCAGGCUGGUUGGAUGUAGAUGUAGA